AUGCGCAAGUUCUUCUCGCGUGCCACAGGCUCAGGGCCAUCCUCAACAAGGCACUCGAGUAGGAGCAGCAGCAUUGGUGGACAGACAUGGAGCAGCGCCAUCCCCGAUGCCGCCUGUCCGCCGUCACCAGCGCCAUCAUACCACACCAUUGACCCAUCUCUACCUGACGCAAUCAAGACCGAGACAUCGGUUCUGGCACAAGCGGAGAAAGGCCCGUUACAUGAUCAGAAAACCCAGGAAGCGUCCCCCCCAACACGGCCCGCUCAAGCUAGGUCUUCGGGACCCACGGGAUUCUCAGUGCUCUACGCAGCGGCGGUUCACGGACACCUAGGGACAGUCAAACUACUCCUUGGAGAAGGAGGCGUAGAUCUGGAGGGGCGCACCAAGGCUGGUGCUACACCACUCAUAGGAGCAUGCUCUGGUGAUAACGCUCCGGUGGUCAAGCUAUUACUUGACCACGGCGCCGACAUCGCUACUAAGGACAGGAGUGGGUGGACGCCCAUUGGCGCAGCGGCGAGCAACGGGCGCCUCGAGAUCGUACGGUUGCUCCUGGACAGGGGCGCAGACCCCAACCCUCAGAUGAGGGGAGGAUGGACGCCUUUGCAUCUGGCAGCGAGGAAAGGGCAUGCUGAGGUCGUGGACCUGUUGAUGAGCAGAGGAGCGGACUCUACGCAUUACAAUUUUGAGGGCGAGACGCCAUUGCAUGUCGCGGCGAUGACGGGGCAGACGGAGGUCGUCAGGGCACUGCUGAAGCACGGGGCGCGCAUAACUGCGCUGGAUAAGAGGAACCAGACGCCAAUAGACCUUGCCUCUCCCAAGGGUCAUUGGGAUGCCGUCGAGUUGUUGAUGGCUGAAAGGGAGAGGCAAGCUGGCAGGGCCAAGGGAAAGAAGAGCUAG